AUGGGGAUCUCGAGCAUGCCGGAGCCGCGGGACAGCCUGCUGUGGUACCUGGUGUACAACACGGUGAUCUCGAUCACGGCGCUGGCGGCGCUGGUGCGCAAGGCGCUGGUGUUCCUGGACCUCCAGGCCCCCGCGCUGCCAGUCAGCGGGGACGACGCCGCCGGGGGCCGCCUCGUGGCGUCGGGGCCCGGCCUGCGCCUGUGCCUGGCGGACCGGUUCCUGAGGGCGUUCCGCCCGGCGCUCUACGGGGUGCUGGUGUCGACGUCGACGACGUGCAGCGCGGCGGAGGCGGACGGCGACGACUGCAGCGUGUGCCUGUCCGGGUUCGUGGCGAAGGCCGUGGUGAACCGCCUCCCCUGCGGCCACCUCUUCCACCGCGCCUGCCUCGAGACCUGGCUCCGGUACGAGCGCGCCACGUGCCCGCUCUGCCGCGCCAACGUGCCCCUCCCACCCGAAGAGACGCCCGUGCUCCGCUACCCGGAGUUCGAGUGA